AUGUUAUUUCUUUUGAAAAGGGUUCUUGUAUUUUCAGAUGAGCCCACAGCAGCUGAGGAGGUAACAUUUCCGGAGAGGGAAGAAGCUGGAGUGAAGACAGAACCCCAGACUCAAGCAGUGGUUACUGAAAUUGAGAAUAAUAACCUAGAUGUUGGCGACCAGGAGAUAAACUACGGUGGUGCUACCCACAACGGAAAAGGAGUGAGUGAAGAGUUAAGACAUUGUAAGGAUCCCACGAUGCUGCAUGUAGGCAACCAAGAUGCACAGAACUUUACAUACGAUGUAGGCUAUCACGCUAGGGCGGAACAUGUAGAUGUUGGACACUAUUCCAUUAAGUUGGAGAAGAUUCUACUAAUGUUCAUGUCCACGGACGAGUUGUUGGCGGACAACCUAAAGAAGGCAGUCCAAAGCAAGAAGCAUCAGUUUUGUGUUAGGAGUCAAGGCUUGAACCAAUUCACAUAG